AAAAACCUUAUUAUUCUCAGCUUUGGAUUUAUGUUUGUCUUUUCAGCAUUUUUUUCAUUACGAAAUUUGCAGACAAGUCUCAACCGCAAAUAUAGCCUGGGUUUGUUUUCUUUAGCUUGCAUGAAUGCUACCUUUGCUGCCGGUUGUAUUCUUGCCAAUACUAUAAUACAGAAAGUUAGACCUAAACGAGUAAUCACUCUGAUGUUGUUUGGGAACAGUCUUUAUGUUGCUUCCAACUUUUAUCCAAGCUUUUUAACAUUAGUACCUGCCACUUUAAUAUUGGGAUUUACGAUGGCUAAUCUUUUAGUAGCCCAGAGUACAUACCUGACUAGCAUAGCUGUAUCGUUUGCUUCGGCAGCAAAUAAACGACCCGAUUAUAUAAUCUCUGUUUUUAAUGGAUACUUUCUGUUUAUGAUUUAUCUCGCUCAUUUUUUUGGAAAUUUAAUGUCUUCUAUCAUAUUUUAUAUUUUUCCAUCAUCGUUAAUGAAAACAUUGCUUAUAACAUCUAACGUUACCUCCGUUUCAACUCAACUGGUCCUAAAUAACUUUACGAACGAAUCUCAAAACUGUGGAUUCAAGUUUCAUUUUUUAUCAGUUGAACAGAUGGAAUACAAUUUUAGUAUUGAUUUUUACGUACUUUACAUUUUGGUGGCGAUUUUCAUGCUGGUUACGAUACAGGCACAUCUCAUUAUAGGACUUUUUUUGGACAGAUUAGACGUUAUAUUUUAUAAAUCGAAACUGGGGCUAAAAAGUCAAGUGUGCGAAAUAUGGAAGCUACAUGUUGACCCAAAAAUGAAAUUCAUGCUGCCUAUGAUGAUUUACCUAGGUUUUCAAGAAGCUUUUAUUUACGCGGAUUUCACAAAUUCUUAUGUCACGUGUUCAAUUGGUUUGCAUAUGAUUGGUUUUGUCAUGAUGACUUUUUCCGCCAUGGAUUCAGUUUCGUCCUUUCUUUGUGGUUACCUGAGAAGAUUUUUGAGCCAGAGUGUUAUGAUGGCAGUCGGCUCAGUGCUUCAUUUGAUUACUUUGCUGUUUCUUUAUUUUUGGAAGCCGUCUCCAGAUCAACGUGCAACUGUGUUUGUCGUUGCUGUUUCAUUGGGAGUUGUUGAUGGCAUCUGGCAGACACUAACAAACAGUCUCUGUGGAAUACUUUUCAGUAGUCGUCAGCGGGUGGCAGUUUUUUCAAGCUUAAGAAUGUAUCAAGCUCUAGGUUUCACUAUUGCCUCCGUAUAUUCUCAUUUCUUAUACAACGAAGUUAAAGUAGCCAUCCUUAUGAUUGUUCUU